UAUGCGUGCUUAACCAAACGAUGUACACGUGUUAUGUUAUGGCUUAGCUUGAAUUAGUUGAAUAGACACAAUAAAAUGUUUACACAGAGAGAAAUAAAACAGCAACUGAAAGAGUUGUUAGCAUUAAAACGCAGCGGAGAAUUAGACACGGACGAAAAAUCGACAGAUGAUCAUUUUUGGCGGGAUUCUAUAACUUACGAUUCUUUAGAACGUUAUGUGCAACACCAUGACGAAGAAAUUAAAUUGGAUACUCUUACGCUCAUAGUAGAAUCGAAGAAAAGUACUUUACGUUUCACGUCUAGAGAACUCGAUCUAAUUAUCUUAUUUUUACGUGUUAAUUUUAAGGAGAAAUUAGAAUUUGUGCCUGGAAUAAAAAAGGCUUUAAAACGUAUGAAGGACAGCUUAGUUGUCAUGAGACGACAGUGUAUUCAAGAAGAAAAGAUGAGAAAUCAUUAUCAAAAAAAUUGCAACCCAUUAGAAAUAAAGCAAGAAGUGCUAGACCAAUCUUAUAAAAUAUCUUACGAACUUGAAAGGAAUAUAAACAUGUACCACAAUACAUUUCAAUCUCUGCAUAAUAUGUGCAUAUGCAGUCCUGAUGCUACAUAUUGCAGAAGACGAUCAUCUCUACAAAUUUUGCUUUUGAUGACAAAUUUAUUAGAUGAAGAAUACAAACAUAUUACCUGGAAGACCCAACAAACAAAAGCUUUGUUUGACUUAUUGUUGUUGGACACAUAUGAAGCCAAUAAAGAAAUGGCUUUUAAAUUAAUGAAGUCAGUAGAUCCAAAAUUGUUACAAUUAGAUGAUGAAAAUAAUAUGCAUAAUAUUAUUAUGGUUGCUAUUCAAUUAGGUAACAGUAUCAGGCCUAUUGAUAGUAUAACAGCUGCAUAUAUGUUGAAAAUCAGCAUGUUGUCACCUGUUAUACAGAAUGUACUUGAUAUUCCAUUGGAUUUAAUGAAACAGUCUGAGAAUAAAGUAGAAGCAAUAAUACUAGAACUAAUAUUAAUUCUGUUAAACACAUUAAAGAAAUCCUUGAUUCUUGCAAAAGAAAACAUAGUAAUGACGGUUACUAAACAUUCUUUGUAUGGCUAUCUGUUUUGUAUUAGAAGUUUGUUACAUGAGUGUGAUUUAAAAAAAGUAGAAAAUAAAACUUUGUGGAAGGAUACCAUAUCAGAAUUAAUAUGUGUGUGUUUUGAAUUUAGUUGUGUAGUUUCUUUGAUAGUUAAUAAUUCUUCACCUGAAGGGCAUUUACCAAUGGACCUAAAUUUACAAACUGUUCGUGCAUUAUGUGGUUCAUCAUCUGAAAAACAAGUGGUAACUCCACAAAUGGUACUCCUAUGUUCGUGGCGUACUGUGAAAGAAGUUAGUUUAUUGUUUGGCUUUCUUGCUACUAAAGCACCAAUAUGCGAAGAAGAUUCUUCUUUAGGACUUUUAAACAAAGAGCAAAUUAUCAAAAUAGGAGAACAUUUGGUUACCUUGCUUACUGAAACAAAGCAUAGAGGUGCAUUUGAACAGGCACAUGUAGGUUUUAGUCAACUGUGCACUCGUCUUUGGCGGUUGAAUAACGAAAGUUUGAAUCAAUUGCCAAAAAUGUGGUUGCACCAAAUUUUGAAUGCAAUUUCAGGAAUGAAAGAAGAGAAUUCAAAAUUGUGUGCAACCCGAAGAAGCGCCGGUGUACCGUUUAUGAUACAGGCUAUACUAUCUACAGAACCUCGACAACAUAAAGAUACAAAAACUACUAUUUUUGACUCUGUAAUGAAAAUUUUGUUAGGCUUUACAGAAUUACAAAAUAUAAAUUUAUGGAAGGAGAUUAAGGAAUUAAUGUACAGAGAUUCGGCAUUUUUGGAAUAUGAGAAUACAUUCGAAUCCUUACGAUUUAAUAAUGAUCAUUGCGUAAACAAGAAUAGUAUUCAAGUCACAGAAAUCAAGACUCAUGCUUUGAAUAUUCUAAGAGCAAUAUUUAGACAUUCUCAACUUGCAGAAAUAGUAAAUAAUUAUGUAGAGGAUGGUUUAAUAGCGGCGUUUAAGAGUUACGACGCCUUAACGUGGACGGAACGAAAUGCAGCAACAUUACUUUUCAGUGCCCUUAUUAUUAGAAUCUUUGGCGUUCAAAGAACGAAGGAUCAUAUCAAUCUGACGACCGACAACAAAAUGAAUUACAAAUUAUUUUUUGAAAAGUAUCCUCGCUUGUUGUCCUUUAUUACAAAUGAGUUGCAAACAUUUGUAACAGUGAAUGAUUCCAUCAUCAAAUCGAAUGUGCAGUCGAUUCUAUUACUAUUAUCACGAUUAUAUUAUAGUCAGAGUUCUGAGCUCAAUGAUAUUCAGUGCCAGAUCGAUGAUCUUAUUACUUUAGUUAUGCAAUGUGCUAAAAGCAAAGUGUAUGAAACACGUAAAUUAGCAGCAAGAGCACUUGUAGCAUUACUGACGGAACAAUCCGCGGGGAGUGUUCUGAUACGAUUAAUUGAAAAUGUAAUAUCCACAGAGAAAACACAUCCAUCUCUAAAUUUAAUGCAUGGUUACAUGCUACAGAUUUAUGAAGUAUUGAAACGCUUUAAUCUCGAACAAUGUCAAUCGUUUAAUGUAGAUUGGGACAGAUUUUUGAAAAGAACAUCUUGGAUCUUAGAAAAUUUGGAACGUGUAAAUUCUAACCCUCCAUGUUUUUUAUUGGCUGCAGUUUAUAUAAAUAUUUGUAAUGAAGUGUGUAAAGUGGACGAAACGUAUAUGAAGCAGCAUGCUUCAAUGUUCUACGUGCUUGCAUCUCAUUUAGUGGAAAAUGACAAAUUAAAACAAGGACCUGCGCGAGAAGAAUAUAAAUUGUCCAUUAUUAUAUUUCUACGAUUUAUAACAAGAGAAACGUCACUGAUUCGACCGUGUAUUCCAAUUAGAGUGUACCUACAUGGUUUAAGAGAUUUGGAAACACAAAUUACUGCAUGGUCAACUUUCAUGGAUAUUAUUGAUGAAAUAACAUGCAACGAUGUAUCAACGCAAUUGUUAAAUUAUGCUGUCGAAAUAAUUUUUAUUUCGAUACAAGAUCUCGCUCGAUAUAAUCCGGAAUUGCAAGAUGCAAUGUUUAAUUUCUUGUACAACUGCUUAAUACAUCGCAAUCAGUUUGAUUCUGGAUGUAUGAAAACAAUCGAUAUCUGUAAAUUUGUGGUGAACGAAGUGCAAUUAAACGAUAAUAAAGACAGCUACUGUGAGAGAGAUACGUAUUUGAGAUUACUGGGGAAAUCAUAUGUAACUCUAGCUUCUUUUAACGAUGCUGCAGAAGAAAUUAAUCUCGAAUGUAUUAACGACGUAUACGAUAACUUUUGCGAUAAUUUCUGGAUCGCAUCUUUAAAUGCAGAUUUUAGAGCAUCUGUUCUUCAAAUAAUGCAAGACCUUUUCUUGGCAUGUUGCAAACGUGACGAGUAUCGUUAUGUACAGAUUCAGUGGUGGACGACGAUAUUACAAUUACUGGUGGACAAUAAUUCUCAAGUCCGACACGAGGUGUUUAAGUUACUUCAGUACAUUCCGAUACAUUGUCCACUGUCCAAUGAGUUUUCAUAUUUGCAUUUGCUUCUUGCAAAGUUCUAUGAAUUUAUACAUGAAAAAGAUCCUGAACUCUUUUGCAUAGUGCUUUUUUAUUGGGGUAUUUCACUAUUGGAUGACACAAACUAUGAAAUGGAUGAAACGGAUGUGUUUAAUAAGUGUACAAAUUACGAUUUUUAUGAACCAGUGGAGACAUCUAGAAUUUGUGCUAAAUUUUUAAUGGAACACAUGAGCGACUAUGUGGAUAAUGUUUUGUCGGAUGACAUUGUAGAGUGGAUAAAUUCUCGCUUGAACGUUGAGAUUUCAAAAUCAAUUUCUUUUAAGACUUUCGUAAACAAAUAUGAAUGUUAUGUUCCUACCGUUGAAAAUAGACUUGACGACAUUUUAGAUCCGACAUAUAAAAAUAAAUUAUUACGAGUUCGAGCGUACAGAGAGUUCAAGGAUAUAUUAUAACAAUGUUUAAUCUAGGAUUAUUCUGUGUAAUUCGUAUCGUUCGUAUACAUUGUAAUACAAGAAAAAAAAUUCAAUAUAUGAGACCACUGAUAUUUAUUUUCCGAUUUAACCUCUUAGUUAUUUGUUUGUUAGAGCGCACUAAUAAAAUUAGCC